AACCCCUCCUUCCACUGAAAUCGAGCGCCUGAACUUCAUCCAACUCCCUCCUCCCCGGGUCUCGAGUGCUCUCUUUCAACGUAUAAAAUAAAAUAAAAUAAAAUCCGCAUGAAAAAAUUUGAAGCUGAAAAAUAAGAAUUAGGAUUAGUGUUAGAGUUGAGGGCGAGAUGAGAAGGGAAUUGUAAUCUAAGAGAAAGGCAGAAAGGAGAAGAUGCAAGGCGGUAAUCUCCAGUUCCAAGUGUUCUCGAGAGGCAGAUCCCCUCCUCUAACCUUCUUCGCUUCGUCCCCCUAUCUUCUUGAUCGGACAUCCCGGAGGAAUUCGAUCUCUUUAAGGUAUGGAUGCAUGCCCAGGUUGAAAUCAAUAGGUCGAAUCAUCAGAGUCCAUGCAUCCAAUAUCAAUAUCGGAGCUGGGAGUUAUGGAGGAGAAGGAGAAAGAGAGGACCAUCGCAAUCUCAUGGAUGGUUCUGCUAGUGAGACUUCAUCUGGAUCGGAUAAACAUCUAUCAGGAGUUCGCUACCAACUAUCUAUUGCCAGUGUGCUACUCGUGUGUGCAUUAGCAUUUUCACUUGUUUUCUUGAAGGGAGGCCCUUCUGCACUUGUAAAGGCACUUGCAAAAUCAGGCUUCACUGCUGCAUUUACUUUGAUCUUUGUUUCUGAAAUUGGAGACAAGACAUUUUUCAUUGCUGCAUUGUUGGCUAUGCAAUACGACAAAGCACUGGUUCUAUUUGGAUCGAUGGUUGCUCUUUCACUUAUGACAGUCUUAUCUGUGGUAAUGGGACGGAUUUUUCAUUCUGUGCCAGCACAGUUUCAGACAACUUUACCAAUUGGAGAGUAUGCGGCGGUGGCACUUCUUACAUUCUUUGGUCUCAAAUCAAUUAAAAAUGCAUGGGAGCUUCCAUCAAAUGCAAGUAGUAAUAAGAAGGAGAGUUCUGACCUUGGAGAGCUUGUUGAAGCUGAGGAGAUUGUGAAGGAAAAGGUAGCCAAGAAGCUCAUGAGUCCUCUUGAACUCCUUUGGAAAUCUUUCAGCCUUGUGUUUUUUGCGGAAUGGGGUGAUAGGUCAAUGCUAGCUACAGUUGCUCUGGGUGCUGCACAGUCUCCUUGGGGUGUAGCUAGUGGAGCUAUAGCCGGUCACCUAUUCGCAACAUCGAUUGCAAUUUUAGGUGGAGCAUUUCUAGCCAACUACAUUUCAGAGAAACUGGUUGGUUAUUCGGGUGGAGUACUAUUUCUAGUUUUUGCCGUGGCUACAUUCUUUGGAGUUUUCUAAUACACAGUGCAGACAAAAUUAUUGUGCAGCCUUCAAAGGAAUAUUUCAUGUUCCAGAAAAUAGAACGUUGCAGCUUGGCAAAAGAACAGUUGGACUACCCUGAGGCAUAUGGUUUUCUCCAAGGUAGUAUUAAGCUAGCUGUUAUUCAAAGACGUAUGACAAGUAGUUUCUUUGCAGUGUAUUCAUAAUUUGUAGCUGCAAUGUAAUCAUAAUUGCCAAAAUAUUAUGUUAAUUCUUUUUAUUAGAAUGAAGAGACAUUAAUCAAUUGCUUUGCAGUGAACUGCAUGA